AAUCGACGUAAACACAGCACGGCGGCUAGGUUAGAAGGUCACGAGAAGCGAGAGAGCGAUGUCUUCCUUAACCAGCGACCACUACGAGAGGCUCAUGGAGUACUACAAUGCUCUGAAGCAGUUUCUCUCGAUGUCUGUGGCUCCUCAGAAGUCGAACCCCAACAGGGCGGCUAAGGCUAGGGGAAAGCUCCUGAAGCUAUCGAUGACACAGUUCUAUGAGUUGAGUACAGACGUGUACGACGAGUUGCAGAGAAGAAUCAGCGAGUCGCAGGAGGAGCCGGACUUUCUACUUCCCAUGGCGAAGUUUCACCCGAAAAGAAACGAAGCCAGAGAGAAGUUGGGUUCUUUGCAGCCGGGGAGGUUUAGAGACUUGGUCAGCGAUAUCUUUUAUGAGAUUGAGCGAAGAGGCUUACACCUGCCUAGGGAGGAUGAGCCAGUGAAGAACGUGGAGCCUGUGAGUAAAGCUCGAUCUCCUGUGGUACCGCCAACAACUUUGCCAACUGCUACGCAGACUGGUGUGCCAAAUGGAGUUCAGACUGGUGUGCCAGAAACUACUGACAGAUCAGUAUCAGAAAUACAAGCACACGAUUUGGACAACACUUCAACCCCACCGAAGAACAACACGAACAACUUGACAGUUGACGACUCUGCAAUGGAGGAGGUAAAACAACCACAGAAUACACUGAAGACGUUGCAACCUUCAUCUGUGAUUCCAACCAAAGCCGAAAUGACAUGGACAUCUGAUGAGGAAGAGGAGGAUCCAGAUGACUCUUUGAAGAUUCUCAACACUAGUCAUACGAAAACAAAAUCAUUAGAGAUAUCCAAGGGUGAUAUUCCAGCCCUGGUACCUGCGAAUGAGAAGAAGCUGCGUUCCUCUCCUACUUUACCUCUGAAAGAGGCCGAUUCUACAAAUAUUCCGGUCACAGAAACGUCUCGUGGACUGCAACAUGGGUUAUCAUUUUCCAAAAGUAGAAACAAAGAUAGAGAGAUUGAGUUACUCCUUUCAGAAGGAACAAAAAUGGACGAGAAGAUCACAGAUCUUGAACAGAAAAAUGCAUUGUUACAGUCCAAAUUAGAAAAGCUCGAAACUGAAAAUGAAAAUCUUAAAGAGGUUAAAGGCAACUUGAUGGAUAAGAUUGCCAAGUUGGAAUCCGAGAUAUCUUCUAAAGGUGAUCAGGAAGCCCAAGAAGUCCAAGGGAAAUCCCGUUCUACACAGUUGUAUGACCUUACUAACGAUGAUGAUUGGAAAGCAAAGUACGAUCAGUUGAAAGUGCAAAAAGUGGAAGAGUAUCUGGCUCUCGAUACCAUUUCAGAUGAAGCUAUGGAAAAAUUUGUUUCUAGAGAUGGAUUGAUUCCAUCAAACUUGUUAACUCAGUUACAGGAAUCUGUCAGAUCAUUUCUGAUAAAACUGAAUGACUCAUCGUUGGUACAGAGUCCUGAUGUGUUUUUCGACUGUAUAUCCUAUAUCUCGGAUUAUGCAUCGAAAAUUGCAAAAUAUGCUGCAAACUCUGACAAGUCAGAGCUGAUCCGUGCAUCGGUAUCACACGCAAUCACAUCAACAAGAUAUUUCACAUUGUACUCGGAGAUUAUGCCAAAACUGAUCAUUCAACGAGCAGUAUCUGAAGUGGUAUUCAGUGUCUGUGAUCUUGUUGCAGAUGUUAAACUUAAUAACGACUUGGACUCUGCUGUGGCUUCUGCUAUGGCCUCUACAUCUCAAAUCAAUGCAAAGAGAUUUUCUGGUGAGUCCACCUUGGACAGUAAUACUGAGGUCUCACCGGUCAGACCUUUAAGAAUGGCCAAGUCUUCUUCAAGAUCAGUUAGCAGCUCCAACCAAGCAACAACAGGAGUUCCACCAUCUUUGAAUACAGACAUGGAUAACAAUAUUGGUACUAAGCCAUUCCGUUUGACAAAGGAUUCGCCAUCAAUUUCUAGAAGUUUCGAUCGUUUCCAAGGUGGUCAACCUUCCGAUAUCAAGCCUUCCUUGAAUAUUAGUCCAGUAAUGGCACGCUUUACACCAGAAAUCGUGAAAUCACCGAAUUCGACAACAAAGGCAACUGGUCUAGGACUGAGGAAAUCAUCUUCUCAGGCGAUUCUCUCAAAGGUGAAACAGUUUGAAGAACAAGAUCAAAGUGCAAAGACAAGCCCACAGUUCACUCCAAAGGUUAGUCCAAAGGCUAGUCCAAAGGCUAGUCCAAAGGCUAGUCCAAAGGCUAGUCCAAAGGUUAACCCAAAGGCCAGUCCAAAAGCUAGUCCAAAAGCCCAUGUUGUUAAUUCUUCAUCUAAUAAAGUCAACAACGUGAUUGAACAGAAAGAUUCAUCAGCUGAAUCUCCAGAACACUUGUUCAUUGGAUUUUCUGAAACGGAAAAAAAGGUAACUACCGCGUUGGAAAAUCCUAAGAGCUCUGGCUCUGUCAAGACUGAAGAACCUACUAUCAAAAAUGGGCCAAUUUUGAGUGGUGUUUCGAUUGAGAAACAAGCUAGUAUACCUCCACAAGAUGAAGAGAAAAUAGAAGAUGAGAGAUCUCUACUUUCUAAAAAUGUCAAUGGAUUGAAGAAGUCUGUGGACAAUUCACUGAGAAAUGAUGCUGCAGGUCAAACCGUUGAAGAAGUCUCUUCUUUGAAAGAUACAAUUCCUCAGAUCAAGUCUACUAAUGCGAGAGGUAACAUACUAACAAAUGAUGACUCCACUGCCGCCGCUUCUCCUGAACCAAGCAUUUUGAAUAACAAAACUGCCGUUGGAGCUGUGAUUGGUAGUGCUGCGGGGGUAAUUGCAAGUUCAUGGUCCAAAACCUCCAAGAAGAAAGAGCAGAACCAAACUACGGAGGAGGAAGAAGAGGUUGAUAUUGAAGAUUUCAAAAGUUCUCUUAUUGCGAACAAUAAUAUUAAAAAACUGCAACAUCAAAACCAAGAUGAUAGUGAUGGGGCUGACUUCAGCGAAGAUGAUACAGUGAUUGAAAAAGUUGAACCUUUGAAGACACCACGUUCUGAUAUCUCUACAAGAUCGGUGGGAAAAUCUGAAAGUGAAGCACCAGUGAUUAGACAUGUCAAGGUUACGAAGAAAGAUUUGGGUGAUGCAAGUCCAAUAAUGAGUCCAGGUGCAUUUCCGAAAACAAAGACUUCCUCGGAGUCCUCUCCAAAAUUACCAACACACUCUGAGCCAACACACUCUCAGCCAACACACUCUAAGCCAGCGCACUCGUCAUUUUCGAAUUCUAAGCGGGAGCUAGACCAGACUGCAGUAUCGUCUCCAAGCUUAUCAGAAUAUCCUACAACACCGUUACCAGGGACACUGUCUAGUUUCCCAUCAAGACACGAUGAUGAUGGUGAUGAUGUUGUUAUUGAAGCGAAGAACUCAACACCAGUGACAUCCUCAACUCCUCUGGUACCAAAGCACAGACCAUCACCAUCCUCAGUACCGACAUCAAUGUCAUCACCGGCACCGGUGUCAACAUCAGCGUCAACGCCAGCACCAGCAGUAGCACAAGUGCCAAAGUCACUGUCAACUUCAUCUGCGUCUGCGACACAUCAUGAGAACCAGCAUCAAUUCGACGAGGACAACUUUGACGUUGAUGAGUUUGACAUUGAUAAUCCGGAUAACACACUUUCUGAGUUGUUGCUAUAUCUGGAGCAUCAAACCGUAAAGGUUAUAUCAACAAUCCAAGCGUUAUUGAGUGCUAUAAAGCUUGCUGAUUCCACAAAGGGUGAAUUGAGAAACGAUUCCAAGGCCAUCAACGACGUCAUUUCACAAAUGGUCCAAGCGUCUAGCACGGCGAUGAAUCAGAGUCGUAAUGCACAGUUGAAAGAGCAUGGUGGAUGGGUUGUUGACAGUUUAAGCGACUGCGGCCGUCGUAUGAAUCUGAUGUGUACAUCAACUGGGGAGGGAGAUGAAGAUGACGACUAUGCCGAUAAGAGUUUCAAGCAGAGAUUGGCGGGCAUUGCAUUCGACGUUGCCAAAUGUACAAAAGAGUUGGUGAAGAGUGUCGAGGAGGCCAAUCUGAAGGAGGAAAUCGAACAUUUGAAUGCAAGACUUGGAUGA